UAACGUUUGCCUCGAUCAUUGCCUUUCGCGUUCUCGAUCGCAUCAGUCUCAUUUUCAAUCGUGUCCUGUGUGUGACCAAACCAGUAUGAAACGUGUAUCACUAAAAGAACGAAAGGCAUAACAAUAUAGGAUUUAAUAAACGGAGUGUAAGAGAUAUCGAAGGAGAAAUAAAAUGAAGAAAUCGGAUGAUCAAAUUUUUACUAUAGAUCUUUUAUGAUCUAAAGUUGAGUGUUAAGAUUAAAAUUUUUCAUCGCUCGAAAACUAUUCGAUACUCGUUAUGCGAUAUAACUAACGAGCUUAAAAACGAAAUGAAUUUCAUAGGAAGAUAAAUAUAUGUAUAUAUAUAUAUAUAUACACAUUGUAAAAAUUGUAUUAUUUAAUAAUAAUUUAAUCAUGACCAUGGAAAAGAACAAUAGCAAUAAUGGACAAUUCGUCAAAGUGCAAACCGAACGAACCAGUUUCAAGCCAGCAGAAAGAUGGCGUAUUAUGAAGAAUAUAUUAUUAAUAGGAACUGCAUUUAUGGUGAAUUUCACUGCGUUUAUGGGUGCCUCGAAUCUUCAAAGUUCUAUAAAUGCCAGCGAAUCUCUCGGCACAUUCACACUUGCCGCGAUCUAUGGAAGUUUGAUAUUUAGUAACAUAUUUCUUCCGGCUUUGGUAAUAAGUUGGCUCGGCUGCAAGUGGACAAUGUCUCUGGCUAUACUGACCUAUGUACCAUUCAUAGCAGCACAAUUUUAUCCAAGAUUUUACACCAUGAUCCCAGGUGGACUUAUGGUUGGACUAGGUGGUGGACCACUUUGGUGUGCCAAGUGCACUUAUCUCACGGUCGUGUCUGAAGCUUAUGCCUCUGUAUCUGAUCUUGCUGCUGAUGUUUUGGUCACUAGAUUCUUUGGACUUUUUUUUAUGUUUUAUCAGAUGGCACAAGUCUGGGGUAAUCUUAUCUCAUCGGCAGUUCUGUCCUUCGGAAACGAUAAAGCAACGUCAACGAACGUAACAUUGAACAGUAGUAUCGUUGCCGAGAUUUGCGGAGCCAAUUUUUGUACCACAUCUUCAUCUACCAGCGACAAUCCAAAUCUAGAGCAACCACCGAUAGAGAGGAUCCACUUGAUAUCUGGCAUUUAUGUUGCCCUUAUGAUAUUGGCCUCUCUGGUUAUCGCGUUUGGGGUUGAUUCGUUGUCUAGAUAUGACAGAGGUAGAAAGGGCUCGGUGACGGGAUUAACAGGAUUAAAGCUCUUGGCGGUUACGUUGGAACUGUUGAAAGAAAAGAGUCAGCUUUUAAUCCUACCCAUAAUAAUUUUCAUUGGAGCCGAACAAGCUUUUCUCUUUGCCGAUUAUAACGCAUCCUUUGUCUCUUGCGCUUGGGGUAUCAGUAAUAUUGGAUACGUUAUGAUUUGUUUUGGUGUUGCCAAUGCAAUUGCAGCAUUAGCUACAGGUUCUAUCAUAAAAUUGACUGGCAGGAUCCCUGUUAUGAUCUUUGCAUUUUGCCUUCAUAUAGGAAUUUUAAUUUUUAUGUUAAAUUGGAAACCAACACCCGAUCAAGGGGUAAUAUUCUUUCUAAUUUCUGGAUUAUGGGGAAUCUGUGACUCCAUCUGGUUGGUGCAAGUUAAUUCUUUAAGUGGUUUACUCUUUCCUGGAAGGGAGGAAGCAGCUUAUUCUAACUUUCGCUUAUGGGAAUCCACUGGAUCUGUGAUAACGUACAUAUACAGUCCUUAUUUAUGUACGUACAUGAAGAUUUAUAUCUUGAUGGCUAUUCUUUGUAUCGGCAUGAUAGGUUACGCUAUUAUCGAAUGGGUAGGUAAAACCAAACCAGUUGUUAUAAAUGAGAAACCAGAUUUCGAACUGGUCGCUGAUAACGAAGUAAUGCGAUGAUAAGCGUUGAAACAAAUAGUCACGAAGGUAAUCAUAAAUCUUUUGCGUGCAGGAAAUGAUAAAAAAAAUUAAAAUAAAAAAAAAAUAUAUAUAUUUACGUAUAAAUAUAUUAAUGUAUAUUCUCAUAUGAUAGAAAGAUAAUUUAAAAAUAAUCAUAAUGGAUUUGUUAGCUUAGGUAACAAAGAGACACAAUCUUAUGUAAUUUGUACCACAAUAUAUGUUUUUUAUUUUAUUCUUGUGGACACCUACUAGAUUUUACACAGGUAUUCGCUUAACGGCUAAGAUUUUUUUUCUGGUUUCCUUUUAAAUACGUAGUUUUUAAUGUUACAUCGUGUGUCCGUGUUUUCUGUACGUGUAAUGUGUGUCCGUGUGUGUAUGUUUUCUUUUUUUUUUUUCUUUUUUUUUUCGUCUAAAUUGCUAACAUUCAAGCUAAAGCUACGGCUUGCUUAAUUUAAUUGUAUACUUCUUGUGUGCUUAAUCAUCGACUGUGUGUUUUACUGUGCAUCGAGGGUCAACGGACUAUGCCGUGUCUCGCGAAUACGACGUCGUCGAACGAGAAUUGAAAUAAAACAAAUCUCUCGUCGCGUCCGCUGAUAAAGAAAAGCGUACGAUCCCGCGUUAGGAAAAAUUCUGGUAUUUUUUCUUUUUUUUUUUGUUCAUCUUCUUCCUCCUCCUCUUUUUCUUCUUCUUUCUCUUCCUCUUCCUCUAUAUCUUUCUUUUCUACACCCCCUUCUCAUUCCGUCUAUUUUCCUGUUACCAUGUCACUUCGGAUCUCGUGACAUUUUGUUCCCAUUACUGUAAAUUUCAAUUGAUCUUUGCAUGGCGUGCCUUUUACUUAUUCCGUAAUUAUUUCUCUCUCUCUCUCUCUCUCUCUCUCUCUCUCUUUCUCUUUCUAUCUCUAAGUUUCUGUCUUUCCUGUUCUUUGCCUUCGUUUCUUCUUUUUCUUCUUCUUCUUCUUCUUCGUCUUCUUCGUCUUCCUUCACUUCUCCUCAUCUCCCUUAACGAAUCCUCGUAAUUGCUGAUUGUAUCGCGUAAUAACUAGCUUAGCCUGUUUCUCGUAUAUACAUAUCAAGUGUGGUUUUUUUAUUCGCAGUACAGUUAUAUGUGUGUGUGUUGUUUUUUUUUUUUUUCAUUAUUUUAUAAAACGUAAUAGGAACUUUGGUUUCUCUGGGCGAUGUUUCAGGAACAGUUUCCUCUUUGAUAGGAUUACGGUGAUGCCGCGCCGUUUGCGAGUUUUGGACGAAAAGAAAGAUUUACAAUCGCGAUCAGCUUCGUUAUAUUCUACGUUUUUCUUUAUUCUGACUUUCCAUAUUAUUCGGAAUUCAUCUGCUUGCAAGAUAUUUUCACUUUUUGUUUAUCUUUUUCUUUUCUUUUUUUUUUUUCUUUUUUUUUCUUUUAUCGGCUAAACCAAAUGCCUUACUUCGAACAAUGCGUAAUGUAGAAAAAUUUUGUGUUAGCAUAAAGAGCGAGGAAAAUUUCGUGUUACGUUUUUUUUUUUCUAUAUAUAUAUAUAUAUAUUUUUUUUCAAUACCUUUUUCUCUCGUUUUUUCUACUCGGAAACUGCUAUAAAACAUUCGCCCGUGGAUCUAUGAUUUUUUUUUCUUUUUUUCCUUAGGAAUAUGACACUCACGGAUACAAUUUCACAUGAUUUUUUUUUUUCUUUUUUCUUUGCUUAAUACUCGCGUUUUUAUAUUUCCGCAAUAAUCUAUUGAAUAUCGAUUUCACGAAGAAAAUACACAUGAUUCCUAAUUCGUUAUACCCUUCCUCUCGGACGUGCGUCCUUCCGAAUUACCACCUUCCUUCCUCCCACAAGCCCGAUACUACACCACACGCAGCUUCCCUAACAGAUUAAUUAAUAAUCCUCCUUCGUUCCUCUCUCUCUCUCUCUCUCUCUCUCUCUCUCUCUCUCCCGCUUUCUCUUUUUCUCUCUUUCUCACCCUCUUUAUUCGCGUAACAAAAUUUAAUAACCGGAAUAUCUCUGUACAAACGUUUCUUUUCAUUUUUUUUUCAUUUAUCAAAAAGGACAACAUACGAUUUUCCCCUACCCCAGUUUUUCCCCUCCCCCCACUUAGAAUCGAUCAAAAUUUUGAAUUUUGAAUUUUUUUAUAACUCUCACCCCCCAUCCCCCCUAGACCCACCCUUAUCCACGUAUACCACACUUUUCAUUAUCUCACUUCUCUUCUCCUUCUACUUUAUGAUACAACUCUUUAGGAACAGAUUACUUUGCUCUUCGGCACUCUUAAUAAUACAAGAUCUUAAUAAUAAUCUCCCUAUUUUUUUUUUCUGCUGUCUCAACACAUUGCUGGACAAAUCUCAGCAUCCUCUUUCGUCUUCUAUCUUCUUGUUGCUUUGCUUACGUUAGUCGUUUUUAGAAGUAUACUUUAACCAUAUCAAUUUAACUUCGUACGAAUUCAGCUAUUUUAUAGCCUACGAUAUUAUUAAAAGUUUAUUCCUUAAAUAUUACAACGCUUAUAUAUAAUCAAUAAUCUUAAUAUAUGUACACGGGGCUAAACCACUUGAAAUCGCGCACCUAACUAAUAUUAUUUAUUUUUUUCAUCGAUUCUCAAUGUUAUUCAUGUAAUAGAUGAAUAAUUAUUGGUAGUAAAUAGUCCAUUAUUAUAACGAA